GGUCUCUUACAUCGCACACCAGUAUGAUACGAUCAGAUCACAGAUCAGCUCAGCAUAAUAACAGCAUCUUUCCAAUGCUGCCUACUGGAUAGUGAUCGCUGGCAAUGGACUGAUGCGUACCAAUGUGUGGCUGUCGCUGAGCGACACGUCGACUCUACCCAGUCCAGCCGGACCCCUCCCGCGUGCUCCCAAUCCCCCCCUCGCGCAAUGUCCGUCCUCCUUUCUCCUUUUCGCUUCGCGCUGAACAAGUCCAUCCAAGCAGCAUUUAACUUGGAAAAGCAACGUGGGGCCCGAUCGACACUGCCUCCUCGGCCAGCAGGCAAUGGUGCGACCGUGAUGGGAGCGUUGACGCCGUCAGACGAUGCAUUCAAUGACCUAAAGUCUUCGACCGGCUUUCAUCCGCAGUACACUGUGCGGUUACGACAUCCUCGCACAUCGCUCGAAGCGCAAAAGCUCUACAACCACAUACGAACUAUAGCUUGGUAUCUUGAUGCCAUUCCUUUCUUUGGACGGCGGCUGCCAUUUGGCAUCAACAUCGGCGUUGACUCGAUCAUCGGCAUCAUCCCAGUAAUCGGGGACUACUUCGGGCUCAUUCUGGGGCUGUACCAGAUCUUUUUGAUCUCUCUCUUCGGCGUUCCCCUCAGCCUGUUGGCACUCUUGGUUCUCAACGUCGUGUUUGAUACGUUGCUGGGACUGGUUCCCGUGUUCGGUGACGCGUUAGAUGUCGCCUUCGAGUCCAAUCUUCGGAAUCUGAAUGCAUUUGAAGAUCACAUGUGCAAGAACAGAGGACAGUGCCGCUACGGCACCUUCUCCCUGUCAUUCCCUCCCUCUGGGUCAUUCCUACCUGCCCCAGGCGAACCGCGAGUUUCAGAGGCAUUCAUCGCAAGCUCCAGCGCUAGCAGUCCGAGCAUAACGAACCGAGCGACGCAGCGCCAUACUGCAGGGGAACGAGCGAGGGAGACCAUGCGGGUAGGAGACAGGCUUGGUGAUUUCGGGCCAUCUAUAGAUGUUGCGCCGCUCGCGUUACCAGCUUCGCUCACCGCAGAGGUGGGCGUACGAGAAGGAGGGGCGGCGAUGCAGGCUUCGGAUCAGCCGCUCGGCGAGAUCAUCACCGACGGUUCAGGAUCAAGUGCGGGCGCAGGACUGGAAUCGGCGCCAGGAAGGGAGAGAAAGGUGGGAGCAGAAGCGGUAGAGGGCUAUCGGAUAGGGGAUGCAGAGCAUGCGGACCACGUCAAUGCAGCGCUAGUAGAAAGGGUAGCAAGAACGCAGCGGAGGGCAUACUCAUCCUCGCAGAUGUUAUCAGACGACUCAGAGUCGCUCCACUCAUCGGAUUCCGAAGUGUCAGACAGCACAGCGGACUUGGCGACAUACACGCGCGGCACGAUCGGCAUGGCACCCUCAACUAUGACCGGCAGGCCUUUGAGCGUGCUGGACGCGGAUUGGAUCCUGCAACCCUCGUACCACCGCGAUUACUACGGUGGUAGGGGGUCGCAUGACUACGGUUUGGCGUAUGAGAACGAAUCGUCCAUCUCAGCGCCACUGCUGGGGCAUCCCGCUCUAGCGCACGACCGGGAGGUGACUUUACCGCGGCCACAAGUAGCAAACAGCGCGCAUACUCACAGUGACGACGGUCUCUUAUCUGCGCCGCCGGAUAGCGUUUCACAGGCGCACGAAGACGACAUAACGAUGUCGUCAGCGAGAAUGAGGGACCAAGGCAGAAGCGCGCGUCGCUGGAGUGCAGCGACCGAAUCCAGGAGGUCUAUGCAGAGUGAAGGGGAGUUUGCUGAGUUUGGACACAGUGUGAUGGGCGGCACAGCCGCUGCGAAGAAGCGGAAACGACGAAUGUUUUUUGUCGUGUAUGCUUCGAUCUUCUGCAUCUGCUUCUUCACUUCUCUGGAAGCCAACACAUCCUAUCUCUAUUUUAACUUUGGCCUCAGCGAAUUCGGCGCCUUGGCGUCUUUCAGCACUGUGGCGAUCGCGCAGCAGAUGGUCUUUGCGGUCGCCAAGCCGCCUAUCGCCAAAAUGUCCGACGUAUUCGGCCGCGCAGAGGCCUAUUCGUUCUCAGUGGCUCUGUAUGCGCUCGGAUAUGUCAUCGUUGCGAGUUCCGAUGGUAUCAAGAUGUUCAUCGGCGGCAUUGUCAUCCAGUCAGCAGGCACGACUGGGUUGCAGGUUCUUCAGUCUAUUAUUAUUGCAGAUACCACUACACCGCAAUACCGAGGCUUGGUUUUGGGCAUCAUCAAUGUGCCGUACCUCAUCAAUUUUGCGAUUGCUGGCCCGCUUGUAGACAUUGUCAUGCGCAAAGCAAGCUGGCGGUGGGGUUUCUGGCUCUGGACGUUCGUCAUUCCGCUUGCGUCUAUGCCGCUGCUCGUCACACUCGCGGUUGGUCAACGACGGGCUCGGAAGCAUGCAAUCGAGCGCGCGCUCGAGAGGGGACGUAGUCUGAACAAGGGCAGGGCAGCAACCUUCCGCUUCAAGUUCCGAAGGCUGUUCGCAGAGCUGGAUUUUCUCGGCUUACUGCUUUUUGCAGUCGGUUGGCUUUUGGUCCUGCUACCCCUCACGUUGCGGGAUCGCUUCAGCACUGCAGCUGCAGCAUACAUUGCAUUUGGAGGCGCAACGCUGCUCGUCCUCUUCCUCUAUUGGGAGACGAAUGCCGCCAUUCCGAUCAUUCCAUUCCGAGUGCUAUCUAAUAAGCCGGUCAUAUACGUCUGCGUGAGCAGCGGACAUCUAUUACGCGGUCCGAAAAGCGCGAGACUGACACAAUGCUUUGAUUUUACGUAUUCCUGGCAGCUCAUCGGCCUGCUUGAUUUUGCGUCUUUUACGCUUUCGUGGACAUACCUUUCAGCAUUCAUCCAGAUCCUGCGCUCGUGGGAGCAGACUCGCACGGCAUACUUUGCCACGACGCAAAACAUCACAUCGACGCUGAUGGGUAUCCUGGUUGGCUACCUCAUGUCGGCUACGAGACGCUAUCGUACCCUCAUGGUGGGAGGCGUGUGUGUACGCCUGCUUGGAGUAGCGAUGAUGGUCCGGUACCGCAAUGCGCAUGACCCGACGUUCAUGCUCAUUCUGUGCCAGCUACUGCAAGGCGUCGGAGGCGGUGCAAUCGCGAUCACCAUGCAGGUAGCCUGCCAGAUCUGCGUGCGUCACAGCGACGUCGCCCUCGUUACCGCGUUUGAGCUGCUUACGACGGAGAUUGGCGCAGCGAUGGGCUCUGCCGCAGCGGGCCUGAUUGUAUCGGGCUACCUGCCACAUUUGCUGCAAAUUCAUCUGCCAAAGAUGUCGCCGGCAGAGGUGCACGAAAUCUACGGGAGCCUGCAAGUUGCGCUCAGCUAUCCGCUUGGUAGCGAGGUUCGCACGGGCAUCAUCGAUGCGUGGGUUGACGUGAUGCGCACCAUCUGCAUCAGUGCCACCGUCAUCCUCCUGCCCGCGUUCUUCCUCGCGCUCGCUAUGCCCAAUGCGAUGUUGCCCGAUCACUCAGACUCGCACGGGCACGGGUAUUCGCACUCGCAAUCCCAUUCAUUCGCGCAUGCGCGCGGCGGCACAACCAGCGGCAUCAGCAAUAUCGCCUCUGAGUGCCCUGGCUCACCUUCGACCAAGGGGCCACCACGGCGAGCGACGCGAAGCUUCCCGUCGUUGACGGAGACGUGAUAUGUCCCAUUUGUAGCAAAAAUCGCACUGUACUUUGGAGAAUCCCCUUGUAGCCUAGCAUGACACAUGCUCCUGUCGUAUACCCGGAC